UAAAAUCCGCAUUUGAAGUCCGUAAUACGAAUACAGUUCCCCCGUUAAGAAAGAGAAAAAAAAGGCAGAAGCAGAGAGAGAGAGAGAGAGAGAGAGAGAAGCUGCGAAGCAGAGAAUAGUAGACUGCACUCAAAGUCUCUCCGUUGCUUGAUUGCUCUGUGUCUGGGUGUUAAUUUGAAUGUGAUCAACCAUGGGUGAAGAAGAGACAGUGACUGGAGUUGUUGAGUCUGCGGCGAGUGGGACUGCCACGCUUGAGGAGAAGGGUGAAGACGCUCCUCUGGAGGAAAAGCAAGAAAAGGAUGGCGUAAAAGAAAUGGAAGAAGAUGGCAAAGAUGACGAGGUAGUGGGGGCACAGAAAAUGGAUGUGGACUCGGAAGUCCCAGAAGGAAAUGGAAACAAAGAAGUCAAAGAAGAAGAGAAAAAAGAAGAAAAUGGAAGUAUGAAAGAGGAGGAAGAAAACAAGGGAGGAAUGAGCAGUGAGUUGGUGGAAGAGGAAGCAGAUGCAAAAGAAAAAGAGGAGAACAAGGAAAUGAUUGGCAAAAAGGUGGCUGAAUUAGAAAAGGAAGAAGAGAGGGCAAAAGAGAGUGAACUUGAACAAGGGUCAAAGAAGAAGCGUGGAAGAGGGAAGACCCAGCAGGUCAAAGCCAAGGUUGACAGAAAGGAAGUGGAAGAGGAGGAGCAGAAAACCCCUGUGACUGCAGUUGAACGGCCUGUACGGGAAAAGAAAUCUGUAGAAAGGCUGGUUGCAUCGAUUUCAAAAGGAUCUGUUAAGGAAUUCCAUAUUGAAAAGGGUCAUGGAAUUGCUUUGAAAGACAUACCUAAUGUGGCAUAUAAAAUAUCUAAAAGGAAGGUUGAUGACACUUUCAAAUUGCUCCAUACAAUUCUAUUCGGAAGGAGGGGAAAGGCAGGUGAGGUCAAAACUAAUAUUUCCCUGUUUUCUGGAUUUGUGUGGAAUGAGAAUGAGGAAAAGCAAAAGUUUAAAGUGAAAGAAAAGUUUGACAAGUGUGUCAAAGAGAAGUUGUUGGAGCUCUGUGACAUGCUUGACAUACCAAUUCCAAAGCCGACUACUACAAGGAAGGAAGAUAUUGUUGCAAAGUUAAUGGACUUUUUGGUUGCCCCCCAUGCUACAACUACUGAGCUUCUUGCUGAAAAAGAGCAGUCAAGUAAAGCAAAAAAGCGCAAAAGGGUAGUCAAGGGAAAUGCAUCGACGUCUGUCAGCACACCAUCAAAACACUCAGCUAAGAGCCGUAUAAAGAUAAAGAAUGCAUCCAUAGAGAGAGAGGGAAAUAGAUCACCUGAACCAGAGGGCAAGACAAGUGAUGAAGAGGGAAAGGAGGAAAAUGUGACUGGUGUUCCUGAAAAAUCCAAAAAUGAGGUACCAGAGCAUUCUCACAGUGAAGAGAGCAAAGACAAAUCUGAAGAAGAGACAGGUGUAGAUAAAAGUAGUUCCAAAAAAGUAUUGGCAAAGAAAGAAUCCUCUGCUAAGGCAAAAACAAAGAAGGCUGCAACUCCAAAGAAGGCUAGUCUGUCCGCUAAGAAAACACCUGUGAAAUCAUCAUCAGAUCACUUGAAGGUUGAUGAUAGCAGUGAUAAAAAGCCAAAGACGUUCUCCAGAAAGAAGAACAAUGUAGUAAAGGAAAAGCCAUCGACUCCAAAGAAACCUGCUUCAUUGGAGAAAACUGGGAAAAAGGUUAUGAGAGGGAAAAGCAAACCCAAAGAUGAUAAAUUGAGGCCAAGUGAUGAUGAACUUAGGAAUGCCAUAUGUGAAAUUCUCAAAGAAGUUGACUUCAACACAGCAACAUUCACCGACAUUCUGAAACAUCUUGCUGGGAGAUUUAAUAUGGAUUUGACACCCAGAAAAUCUUCAAUAAAGCUCAUGAUUGAGGAUGAACUUACUAAGCUUGCUGAUGAGGCUGAUGAUGAAGAGGAUGAAACUGAUGCUGAGAAAGAUGAGAAACAACCUUCUGGUCACAGUGUGGAGGCUUGAAUGCCAAGGUGGACCACGCCUAGCGAACAGCGUUUUAUUAGCUUCACAAUCAUUUUAUGAAUUUUCAGUCUCUUGAGGCACUUUGUCGUGGUUUCUGUCUCAGUAUAACUUACCCGUAGUUUAUUCACUUAAAAGCCAUAUUCGUGGUUUCCUGGAGUUAGAAGAGUUGGGGCUGUUGAAGUUACUUUUGACAGAAAUAUUUGUGAGAAUUAACCCAACUUUACUUUUUUAACCUUUCUGACAAUGAGGGAGUCAUGUUUGUAUGAGGGGUAAAUAUAGUCAUCUCGUGGCAGACUUAGUUGACAACUCUUUUAUAUUUAGGGCUCCAAUUCUCAUCCAUGUAAAGUUUUGGCAAAAUGUGAUACAUGCCAUUUAUAUCUAUUUGGUAAGUUCUAUCUUAAUAGCACAUACUUUUCUGUUGGUUACUA